CGAUGGCGUCUAUAGUACGACUAAUGGUAUGAUUAAGCAUUGCAACUGUGUAAAUCACGUCAAAUAUGUCGACAAUUGUUGGUGUUUCUGAACAUAUAUAGAUAGAUCCAUCUCUCUUCAAUUCAUCCUCAUCCAUCAAUCCAUCAUCCACUCAAACAAUAACCACAUUGACUACUUUAACAACUUCAAUCAACCAAUCACAUAUUACACUCACAUACAAUGUCUGCCUACACAAACAUCGCUGUCGCUGGUGCCGCUGGCGAUCUCGGCUCCGCAGUCUUCAAGGCCCUCAUCGACUCCAACAAAUUCAACCUCACAGUCCUAACCCGCGCCGGCUCAGCCUCAAAAUUCCCCUCCGGCAUCAAAGUCAUCCAAGUCGACUACGAAUCCCUCGACUCUCUCACCUCCGCCCUCCAAGGCCAAGAUGCCGUUGUCUCAACCCUCGGCAGUCUCGCCAUCCCCAGCCAAUCACUCCUCAUCGACGCCGCAGUAGCCGCUGGCGUAAAGCGCUUCCUCCCUUCUGAGUUCGGCUCAAACCUUGUCAUCCCCAGCGUUCGAAAGCUUCCUGUCUUCAAAACAAAGGUUGAUAUCGAGGAUAAGCUUACUGCUCUUGCGAAUGAGGGCAAGAUUAGCUAUACUUUUGUUUAUAACUCUGCUUUCCUCGAUUGGGGCUUGAGCCAUGGCUUGUUCCUUGAUUUCAAGAAGGCUGAGGCUACGCUCUGGGAUGGAGGCAACACUGAGUUCAGCACAACUACUCUUGCUAGUGUUGGUCAAGCUGUUGUUGGUGUUCUAACACAUCCUGCUGAGACAAAAGAUCGCGUUGUUUAUAUUCAGGAUACCGUCCUCACUCAGAAGAAGCUCCUUGAGAUUGCCAAGGAGCUCAACCCCAACAAGCAGUGGACGGUCAAGGAAGCAAAGAUUGACGAUGCUACUGCUGCUUCUGAUGCCAAUAUCGCAAAGGGUAUCUUUGACUGGCCUACUCUUGCUGCCUAUCUGUACAGGGCUAUCUUUGACUCCUCUAGUGUUCCCAAGUUCCCCAAGCUUGAUAAUGAGCUGCUUGGUGUCAAGGGUGUUACCGAUGAGCAGAUCAAGGAACUUGUCAAGCCUUUUGUUCAGUAGAGUUAUAUAAAACAUUGCUAGAUAGUUACAAUACCAAUCAGUUAACAUUCA